GAGCAGUUCAUAUCUAAACUUCCGUCAGAUCAGUUUCAGAAAAGGAAAAUAAAAAAUUCAUUUUUUUUUUAAAUUAUAAAUUGAAAAAGUUUUAUUCAAAAAAUUCUACCAAUAUGAAUUACAAAUUGAAUGGAGUAUUUUGCAUAAUAGUUUUCUUUAUUGCAUUAUCAAAGGCUGACUUGGUACCACUUCCGGAUUAUAUACAAACAUGUCAUAAAAGUGAUCCAGAUUUUACAAAAUGUUUCUUAGAAGCAGUUGAAACUUUACGACCAAAAAUUGCAUCUGGUAUGCCAGAAUUAGAUUUACCACCAUUUGAACCAUUAGAUUUAGGUGAUUUAAUAAUAUCUAAGAAAGAAGAAACAGGUAUUGAUAUAACAGUGAGACAUUUAAAUGUAUACAAUGCUACAAAAUUUAAAGUUGCUAAUUUCCAAAAUAAAAAUUAUGUUGAACGUUUGAAUUUUGAAUUAACAUUGCCAGUUUUUAGUAUUGAUGGAACUUAUAAAUUAGAUGGUAGAAUUUUAGCUCUUCCACUACAAGGAGAAGGUCAUGUCGCUGGAGAUUUUGAAAAUAUAAAAGUUAAAGUAAAAAUGAUUAUUGAAACAGUAAAACGAGAUGACAAAGAAUAUUUUAGAUUUAAACAAAUUAAUAUUAAAGCCAAAAUGGGCACGGGAAAAAUACAUUUUGAUAAUUUAUUUAAUGGUAAUAAAGAACUUGGAGAAGCUAUUAAUGAAUCAAUUAAUGAAAAUAUAGUAGCAAUGGCUAAUGAAAUAUUACCAUCAGCCGAGAGAGCUUUAGAAAAUAAAUUUUUAGAAAUUGGUAAUCAAAUAUUUAAAACAUAUACAACAGAACAAUUAUUACCAAAUUAAAUUGUUAGAAACAUUAACAAGUUAUUAUUAUUAUUAUUAGUUUUUAUUGUAAUUUGUUUAUAAAUUUUAAAUAAAAUAAAUUAUUUGAAAUGUGAUAAAAAUUUUAAAAACCAAGAUAUACUUAUA